CAUCGCGCAGCAGGAGCGCAGAAGAGAACUGGAGACGGGCUCAGAUGUUUUUCUCUCCUGCAGGACUGUUGAGGAGAAACGCUGAGGGCACGCGCACAGCUCCGUGAUGCUCACUGUGUGUGUGCGUGAUGUGCAUGCGUGUAAGUGUGUGUGUGUGUGUGUGUGUGUGUGUGUGUGAGAGAUUUCAGCAGCCCUGCAGAUGAUCCCAGUUUCCAUCAUGCACACAGUGAAGCUCAGCUGAAACCCUGCGCGACCAAGCAGCUCUAUUCCACACUCCUCCUUCUUCUCCUUCUUCUUCUCAGGACUUCUGCUUGCUUCUUCUUUGAGGACUUUUCACACUUGAUCACACCAGGAUCCUGUUUGCAAAAUCCAAGUGGAUUUCAGGUGUGAAAGUUGGGGGAAGGAGCAGAAGAAGGAGCAGCAUGUUGCGCGUGCCGGGGAGCUCCGUGGUUCCCGGAUUGCUGCUCUUGUGGAGCUUCUCGCACAGCUUGGAGCUGAUCUCUGCUGCCACGACUGAAGAGGUCUCAAAGACGUGCAGCCCAAAGCAGUUUGUGUGUCAGGACCAGGUGACGUGUAUCUCUAAAGGAUGGAGGUGUGAUGGAGAGAAGGAUUGUCCUGAUGGAUCAGAUGAAGCUCCAGAAGUGUGUCCUCACACUCGAGUGUCUCUGUGUCCCCCAAAUGAGCAGGCAUGUGAGGGGACAGAGGUUUGUGUUCACAUGAGCAAGUGGUGUAACGGUGUCUCUGACUGUCCUGAUGGAUCAGACGAGGGGGCACACUGCCGAGAGUUGAUGUUGAACUGUACUCUCACUGGCUGCCAGGAAAACUGCGCCAUCACACACUCUGGUCCAGUGUGUUACUGCAAGAAUGGCUACGAGAUCAACCAGGACAGGAAACUAUGUAAAGAUUUUGAUGAGUGUACAGUGUACGGGACAUGCAGUCAGACGUGUACGAACACUGAGGGCUCGUAUUUCUGCUCGUGUGUGGAGGGUUACCUCGCUCAGCCAGAUAACCGAUCCUGCAAAGCAAAGAACGUUCCUGUUGACCGCCUGCCCGUGUUGCUAAUUGCUAACUCUCAGAACAUCCAGGCUACGUCUCUGAGUGGUGCUAGCAGCUCAUCGCUCUACACCAGCACUAAGCAGACUACAGCCAUGGACUUCCUGUACAAACAGGAAACAGUGUGUUGGAUCCAUGUGGGAGACACGCCUGCCGGGACACAGCUGAAAUGUGCCAAAAUCCCAGGCUUGAAGAGUUUUACUGACGAGAGGGUCAUCAACAUAUCACUCAGCUUACACCAUGUGGAGCAGAUGGCAAUCGACUGGCUGACAGGGAAUUUUUAUUUCGUGGACGACGUGGACGAUCGGAUCUUUGUGUGUGAUAAAGACGGGGUGACGUGUGUGACGCUGCUGGACCAGGAACUGUACAACCCUAAAGGAAUCGCACUCGACCCUACCAUGGGGAAAUUGUUCUUCACGGAUUACGGACAGAUUCCGAAGGUGGAACGGUGUGAUAUGGAUGGUCAGAACCGCUCGAGGCUGGUGGACAGUAAGAUCGUGUUCCCUCACGGAGUCACGCUGGACCUGGUCAGUAAACUGGUGUACUGGGCCGACGCCUACCUGGACUACAUCGAGGUCAUCGACUAUGAAGGGAGACACAGACACACCAUCAUACAGGGUCUACUGAUUGAGCAUCUAUACGGUUUGACGGUUUUUGAGAAUUAUCUUUACGCUACAAACUCGGACAAUGCGAACGUGCAGCCGAAGACGAGCGUGAUCCGCGUAAAUCGCUUUAACAGCUCUGACUAUCAGGUGGUGACGCGAGUGGAUAAAGGCGGAGCUCUGCACGUCUAUCACCAGAGAUGCCAACCUCCAGUGAGGAGUCAUGCGUGUGAGGUGGAUCAGUUCGGGAAACCUGGUGGUUGUUCUGAUAUUUGUUUAUUGGGAAACAGCCAUAAGAGCCGAACGUGUCGCUGUCGCUCUGGGUUCAGCCUCGGCAGCGACGGAAAAUCCUGCAAGAAGCCGGAGCACGAGCUGUUCCUGGUCUACGGUAAAGGACGUCCCGGAGUGAUCAGAGGCAUGGACAUCAACCCGAAGGUGCAGGAUGAGUACAUGAUCCCCAUAGAGAACCUGAUGAACCCUCGUGCUCUGGACUUUCACGCUCAGAGUAACUUCAUCUAUUUCUCGGAUGCCACCAGCUACCUGAUCGGCCGCCAGAAGAUCGACGGCACUGAGAGAGACACCAUCCUGAAGGAAGGUGUGCACACAGUGGAGGGAAUCGCUGUAGACUGGAUGGCCAAUAAUCUGUACUGGACAGAUGAUGGGCCAAAGAAGACCAUCAGCGUGGCUCGUCUGGAGAAAGCAGCGCAGACGAGGAAAACCCUCAUUGAGGGCAAAAUGACACACCCACGAGCCAUCGUAGUGGAUCCCAAAAACGGAUGGAUGUACUGGACGGAUUGGGAAGAAGAUCCGAAAGAAAGCAAAAGAGGUAAAAUCGAGAGAGCCUGGAUGGAUGGAACCAACCGGAACAUUCUCCUGACCUCGAAGACAGUUUUGUGGCCCAAUGGUCUGAGCCUGGAUGUUCCUCAGGGGAUCCUGUACUGGGUGGAUGCUUAUUAUGACCGCAUUGAGAUGGUUUACCUCAACAGCACCGAGCGCAAGACUGUGUAUGAAGGACAGGAACUGAGUCACGCCUUCGGUCUCUGCCACUAUAAGAACUUCCUGUUCUGGAACGAGUACCGUAGCGGCAGCAUCUACAAACUCGACCAGGACACCAAAUCUGUCACACUUCUCCGCAACGAGCGUCCUCCCAUUUUCGAAAUCCGCAUGUACGACGCCCAGCAACAGCAAGGUACGAAUGCGUGUCGAUCGAAUAACGGUGGAUGCAGUAUUUUGUGUUUAGUGACGCCAGAAGGUCGAUCGUGCGCUUGUGCUGAAGAUCAGCUCCUGGACCCGGCAGAUAACACCAGCUGUAAAGCGAACCCGUCUUACAUUCCCCCUCCUCAGUGUCAGUCUGGAGAGUUCGCCUGUAAGAAUAAUCGCUGUAUUCAGGAGCGCUGGAAGUGCGACGGAGACAACGACUGUCUAGACAACAGUGAUGAAGCUCCUGAACUCUGUCAUCAGCACACGUGUCCUGCUGAUCGGUUUAAAUGUCAGAAUAAUCGCUGCAUCCCCAUGCGCUGGCUCUGUGACGGAGACAACGAUUGUGGCAACGACGAGGACGAGUCCAACUCUACGUGCUCCGCUCGGACGUGUCCUGCUAAUCAGUACUCAUGUGCGAGUGGACGGUGUAUUCCCAGCUCGUGGACGUGUGACCUGGAUGAUGAUUGUGGAGAUCGUUCUGAUGAACCUGCAUCCUGUGCAUAUCCCACAUGUUUUCCUCCCACCCAGUUCACAUGUAAUAACGGACGCUGCAUCAACAUGAACUGGCGCUGUGACAGCGAUAAUGAUUGCGGUGAUAACAGUGAUGAAGCGGGCUGCACUCACUCCUGCUCCAGCACGCAGUUUAAAUGCAACAGUGGCCGCUGCAUUCCCGAUUACUGGACCUGCGACGGAGACAACGACUGCAACGACUUCAGCGAUGAGACCCACGCCAACUGCAGCAAUAACGCGACCCGUCCCCCUGGUGGUUGUCACACUGAUGAGUUUCAGUGUUGGAUGGACAGUCUGUGUAUUCCUCUGCGCUGGCGCUGUGAUGGAGACACGGACUGUGUGGAUAUGAGCGACGAGAAAAACUGCGAAGGCGUCACAAACAUCUGUGACCCUGCGGUCAAAUUCGGCUGCAAAGACUCCGCAAAAUGUAUUAGUAAGGCGUGGGUUUGUGAUGGAGACAGCGACUGUGAGGAUAACUCGGACGAAGAGAACUGUGAAGCGCUGGUGUGUAAACUCUCACAUCACAUGUGUGUUAACGACUCAAACAUCUGCCUACGACCUGAGAAAUUGUGUGAUGGGAAAGAUGACUGUCCUGAUGGAUCUGACGAGAAACUGUGCGAUCUGUGCUCUCUGGAGAAUGGCGGCUGCAGUCACAACUGUUCCGUAGCUCCAGGUUUGGGAAUCGUGUGUUCCUGUCCUCUGGGGAUGGAGCUCAGUGCCAACAAUAAAACCUGCCAGAUCCAGGGCUUCUGUGCCAAACAUCUGAAGUGCAGUCAGCGCUGCGAACAGGACAAAUUCACUGUCAAGUGCUCAUGCUACGAAGGCUGGGCUCUGGAGCCAGACAUGGAGAGCUGCAGGAGCACCGACCCCUUUAAGCCGUUUAUUAUCUUCUCAAACCGUCACGAGAUUCGACGCAUCGACCUGCACAAAGGAGAGUUCAGCGUCCGUCCGGGACUUCGCAACACCAUCGCUCUUGACUUCCAUCUGAAUGAGAGCGCUCUCUACUGGACCGAUGUGGUAGAGGACAAAAUUUACCGCGGGAAACUGUCCGAGAACGGAGCGGCUCUGACUAGUUUUGAUGUGGUGAUUCAGUACGGUUUGGCGACGCCUGAAGGAUUAGCUGUGGAUUGGAUCGCUGGGAAUAUUUACUGGGUGGAAAGUAACUUGGAUCAGAUUGAAGUGGCAAAACUAGACGGCACCAUGCGAACUACGCUGCUAGCCGGAGACGUCGAACAUCCCCGGGCCAUUGCCCUCGACCCCAGGGAGGGAAUUCUGUUUUGGACGGAUUGGGACGCGAGCAUGCCGAGGAUCGAGGCUGCAUCUAUGAGUGGAUUUGGGCGGCGUACCAUCCAUAAAGAGACCGGAAAUGGAGGUUGGCCCAAUGGCCUCACUGUCGAUUACCUCGAGAGGAGAAUCCUCUGGAUAGACGCCCGAUCUGAUGCAAUAUACUCCACCAAGUACGAUGGUUCUGGCCUGAUCGAGGUUCUCCGUGGACACGAAUACCUGUCGCACCCAUUUGCCGUCACUAUGUACGGAGGGGAGGUUUACUGGACGGACUGGCGCACGAACACACUCGCCAAAGCCAACAAGUGGACAGGAAACAAUGUUACAGUGGUGCAGAGGACCAACACACAGCCCUUUGAUCUGCAGGUGUAUCAUCCAUCCAGACAACCGCAAGCUCCAAACCCAUGUGCAGCAAACGGUGGUCUCGGCCCUUGUUCUCAUCUCUGUCUCAUUAAUUAUAAUCAGGCGUUCUCCUGCGCGUGUCCUCAUUUAAUGAGGUUGAGUGGCGACAAUCAUACUUGCUACGAAUCUCGUCAGUUCCUGCUGUACGCUCGUCAGAUAGAGAUCCGUGGGGUGGAUCUUUAUAACCCAUAUUAUAACUACAUCAUCUCUUUCACGGUUCCUGAUAUUGAUAACGUGACGGUGGUGGACUACGACGCGGUGGAGAGGAGGAUCUACUGGUCUGAUGUUCGCACACAAACCAUCAAAAGAGCCUUCAUUAAUGGCACCGGCAUCGAAACCGUCGUCUCAGCAGAUUUGCCGAACGUGCAUGGCCUGGCAGUGGACUGGGUUUCCCGUAACCUGUUUUGGACGAGUUUUGAUGCCAAUAAGAAGCAGAUAAAUGUGGCUCGUCUGGACGGAUCGUUUAAAAAUGCUGUGAUUCAGGGUUUAGACAAACCGCACUGCAUCGUGGUCCAUCCCACACUCGGGAAAAUGUACUGGACGGAUGGAGACAACAUCAGCAUGGCUAACAUGGACGGAACCAACCACACGGUGCUGUUCACCAAUCAGAGAGGACCUGUGGGUUUGUCUCUGGACUUUGAGGACUCUCAUGUGUAUUGGGUCAGCUCUGGGAACGGAAAUAUCAACCGCUGCAGACUGGACGGAACCGGACUGGAAGUGCUGGAGGGAAUGAAGGGCAAAUUAAACAAACCCUCUGCUCUGGCGAUCAUGGGUGAUAAGUUGUGGUGGGCGGAUCAGGAAAAGAUCAGAUCGGGACAUGCGACAAAGGAUGGAGGAAACUGGAAAGUUCUGAGGAACAGCACGGCUCCCAUGAUGCACAUGAAGAUCUACAAUGAGACCGUGCAGACAGGGUCGAACCUGUGCAGUAAUUAUAAUGGCGAUUGCUCUCAGCUGUGUUUACCCACAUCUCCUUCUACACGUGCCUGCAUGUGCACUGCUGGUUACAGCCUGAAGAGUGGGCAACAAUCCUGCGAGGGUGUGGGGUCGUUCCUGCUUUACUCUGUUCAUGAAGGAAUCAGGGGAAUCCCUCUCGACCCGGCGGAUAAAUCAGACGCUCUGGUGCCAGUGUCGGGUUCGUCUCUGACUGUCGGCAUCGAUUUCCACGCCGAGAAUGACACCAUUUACUGGGUGGAUAUGGGCCUGAGCACCAUCAGCCGAGCGAAAAGAGAUCAGACGUGGAGAGAAGAUGUCAUCACUAACGGCAUCGGGAGAGUGGAGGGGAUCGCUGUGGACUGGAUCGCAGGGAAUAUUUAUUGGACUGAUCAGGGUUUCGAUGUGAUCGAGGUUGCUCGCUUAAACGGAUCUUAUCGUUACGUCGUCAUCUCACAGGGACUCGAUAAACCUCGUGCCAUCGCACUGCAUCCUGAGAGAGGGUAUCUGUUUUGGACAGAAUGGGGUCAGUAUCCUCGGAUAGAGAGAUCUCGUCUGGAUGGCAGUGAGAGAGCAGUCCUAGUCAAUGUUAGCAUUAGCUGGCCUAAUGGGAUCUCCAUUGACUAUGAGGAGGGGUUGCUGUACUGGUGUGACGCUCGCACUGAUAAAAUCGAGAGGAUUGAUUUGGAGACGGGGGAGAAACGGGAGCUUGUGUUAGCCAGCAACAACAUGGACAUGUUCUCUGUGUCUGUGUUCGAGAACUACAUCUACUGGAGUGACCGUACCCACUCUAACGGCUCUAUAAAGAGAGGAAGUAAACACAACGCCACAGACUCAGUCACUCUGAGGACAGGACUCGGGGUUCAGCUCAAAGACAUCAAAGUGUUCAACAGAGCGAGACAACAAGGGACGAAUGUGUGUAAGGAGAAGAACGGUGGAUGUGAGCAGUUGUGUCUGUAUCGGGGGAACGGCGAGCGAACCUGCGCCUGCGCUCAUGGCGCUCUGGAUGAGGACGGCCGGAGCUGCAGCGAUUACUCCGGAUACCUGCUGUACUCGGAGCGCACCAUCCUGAAGAGCGUGCACUUAUCAGACGAGAAGAACCUCAACGCACCGGUCAAGCCGUUCGAGGACGCAGAACACAUGAAGAACGUCAUCGCGCUGGCGUUUGAUUACCGCGGCGGCAGCAGCAGUGGGGGGAGGGGAGCUAACCGCAUCUUCUACAGUGACAUCCACUACGGCAACAUCCAGCAGAUCAACGACGACGGCUCUGAGCGCAGAACUGUGGUGGAGAAUGUGGGGUCAGUAGAAGGUCUUGCGUAUCACCGAGCCUGGGACACUCUGUACUGGACCAGUUACACCACGUCCACCAUUACACGCCACACAGUGGACCAGAGCCGAUGGGGAGCGUUUGAGCGUGACGUGGUGGUCACCAUGGCAGGAGAUGAUCAUCCCAGAGCCUUCGUCCUGGACGAGUGUCAGAAUCUGAUGUUCUGGACCAACUGGAAUGAACAAUCUCCUAGCAUCAUGCGUGCUCAAAUCUCCGGCUCCAACGUCCUGGCCAUCAUCAGGACCGACAUCCGAACCCCCAACGGCCUCGCCAUCGACCACCGCUCAGAAAAACUCUACUUCACUGAUGCUACGCUGGACAAGAUCGAGCGCUGCGAGUACGACGGCAGCCAUCGCUACGUGAUCUUGAAGAACGAGCCGGUUCACCCGUUUGGUUUGGCCGUGUAUGGAGAUCAUAUAUUCUGGACAGAUUGGGUUCGGAGAGCCGUACUGAGAGCCGGCAAAUUCGUAGGAGACGACAUGAAGGUUUUACGUGCCGACAUUCCUCAACAGCCAAUGGGAAUCAUCGCUGUGGCCAACGACACCAACAGCUGUGAGUUCUCACCCUGCAGAGUGAAUAAUGGAGGAUGUGAGGAUCUGUGUUUGUUGUUGUCCGAUGGACGAGUGAACUGCAGUUGUAGAGGAGACAGGAAGCUGCUGGAGGACAACACCUGCAUUGUGCCGAACACUUCCUGCAGCAGUGUGAACGAUUUUCAGUGUGUGAAUGGAGACUGUAUUGAUUACACACUUACCUGCGAUGGAACGGCGCACUGCAAAGACAAAUCUGAUGAGAAGCAGUCUUUCUGCAAUAACCGAGUGUGUAAGAAGGGUUUUAAGCGGUGUGUGAACGGUCGCUGUGUGAGACUGGGCUCGUGGUGUAACACUCGUGAUGACUGUGGAGAUAACUCUGACGAGGCUUUCUGUAAUGCAACCUCGUGUACUCCUGAUCAGUUUCAGUGCAGAGACGGUCGCUGUAUCUCCAACUCCACUCGCUGUAAUCAGGUGAUCGACUGUGACGAUGCCACAGACGAGAUGGACUGCCCUGCGACGGAUUGUUCCAGUUAUUUCCGUCUCGGAGUGAAGGACGCGUCAUUUCAGAGGUGUGAGUUCACAACGCUGUGUUACGCCCCGUCAUGGGUGUGUGACGGAUCAAACGACUGUGGAGACUUUACUGAUGAGACCAACUGUCCAGGUUCUUCAGGUGGAAAGAAAAAAUGUCCAUCAAACUACUUCUCGUGUCCGAGUGGCCGCUGCAUCCCUCUGAGCUGGACAUGUGAUAAAGCGAACGACUGCGAGAACGGAGCAGAUGAAGUCAACUGCAAUAAGGUGUGUACAGUGUCUCAGUUUGAAUGUGGGAAUCAUCGCUGUAUCUCUAGCAGCUGGCUGUGUGAUGGAGCCGAUGAUUGUGGAGACGGAACUGAUGAGGACAGCAGAUGCAAGAAUAAGACGUGCACUGCGGACGAGUUCCAGUGUCCGGGUUCUACCAGGUGUGUUCCACAGCGCUGGGUGUGUGAUGGGGAUCGAGACUGUCCUGAUGGAGCUGAUGAGAGCACCAAGGCCGGCUGCUAUUUCAGUAACUCAUGUGAUUCUAAAGAGUUUAUGUGCCGUAAUAAGCAGUGUAUCCCCAAACACUUUGCCUGUGACCACGAUAACGACUGUAGUGACGGAUCUGAUGAGUCCAUCGAGUGUGAAUAUCCGGCGUGUAAACCGGGUGAGUUCCGCUGUGCUAACGGCCGCUGUCUGAUCCAGAGCUCGUGGCAGUGUGACGGAGAGUUCGAUUGUCACGAUCGCUCAGACGAAGCACCAAAGAACCCCAACUGCACCCUGUCAGAGCGGAAAUGUAACGUGACGGCGUACGCCUGCGCAAACGGGAAGUGCGUGGACGAGACGCUGCUGUGUGACCGUCAGGACGACUGCGGUGACGGCAGCGACGAGCUCAACUGCUUCAUUAACGAGUGUCUGAACAGUAAACUCUCAGGCUGCUCUCAGCUCUGUGAGGACAUGAAGAUCGGCUUCAAGUGCCGCUGUAACGCCGGGUUCAGGCUGAAGGACGACGGAAAAACGUGCGUAGACGUAGACGAGUGUUCCAGCACGUUCCCCUGCACACAGCACUGCAUCAACACACACGGCAGCUUCAGGUGUGUGUGUGUGGACGGAUAUCAGCUGAGUCCCACUGACCCCACCGUCUGCAAGUCCACCUCCGAUGUAGAGCCGUUCCUCAUCUUCGCUAACCGCUAUUAUUUAAGGAAGUUGAACCUGGAUGGAUCGAAUUACACACUUUUAAAGCAGGGCCUGAACAAUGCCGUAGCUCUGGAUUUUGAUUACAGAGAUCAGAUGGUUUAUUGGACGGACGUGACGACGCAGGGCAGCAUGAUCAGACGCAUGAACAUUAACGGCUCUAACGUUCAGGUCCUUCAACGCACAUCGCUUAACAACCCUGAUGGUGUGGCGGUUGACUGGGUGGGCGGGAACCUGUACUGGUGUGAUAAGGGGCGGGACAUGAUCGAGGUGUCGAAGCUAAAUGGUGCAUUUAGGACAGUGCUGAUUAACACGGGGCUCAGAGAACCCAGAGCCAUCGCUGUGGACGUCCGCAAUGGAUACCUGUAUUGGUCAGACUGGGGAGAUAGUCCUCAUAUCGGUCGGAUCGGGAUGGACGGAACAAACCGCAGUGUAAUCGUUCAGGACAGAAUCACGUGGCCCAACGGAUUAACACUCGAUUUUAUUAACGACCGAAUCUACUGGGCCGACGCCCGAGAAGAUUACAUCGAGUUCGCCAACCUGGACGGCACCAACCGACACACAGUAUUGAAUCAGGACAUCCCGCACAUCUUUGCCAUGACUCUGUUCGAAGAAUUUAUUUACUGGACCGACUGGGAAACAAAAUCCAUAAAUCGAGCUCAUAAAACACUCGGCACCAAUAAAACCCUCCUGAUCAACACACUGCACCGACCCAUGGACAUCCACAUCUUCCAUCCUCACAGACAGCCAGAGGUGACUGGUCACCCGUGUCAGAAGGAUAACGGUGGCUGCAGUAACCUGUGUCUUCUCUCUCCGGGUGGAAGACACAAGUGCGCAUGUCCCACUAACUUCUACCUGGCAGCUGAUGGAAAGCAGUGUCUCUCCAACUGCACUGCCAGUCAGUUUGUAUGUAAGAACGAUAAGUGUAUCCCGUUCUGGUGGAAGUGUGACACUGAAGACGACUGCGGCGAUCGAUCGGACGAACCGGCAGACUGCCCGCCAUUUAAGUGCAGGCCGGGGCAGUUCCAGUGUGGAACAGGGAUCUGUACAAACCCAGCAUACAUCUGUGACGGAGAUAACGACUGCCAGGACAACUCAGACGAGGCCAACUGUGACAUCCACGUGUGUUUGCCGAGCCAGUUUAAGUGCACGAAUCCGAGCCGCUGCAUUCCCGGGAUUUUCCGCUGUAAUGGUCAGGAUAACUGUGGGGAAGGAGAGGACGAGAGAAACUGCCCCGAGGUGACGUGCGCACCGAAUCAGUUCCAGUGCACCAUCACUAAACGCUGCAUUCCCCGAGUGUGGAUGUGCGACAGAGACAACGACUGUGUGGAUGGAUCAGACGAACCUGCUAACUGCACUCAGAUGACAUGUGGUGAGGAUGAGUUCCGCUGUAAGGACUCUGGACGGUGUAUUCCUGCUCGCUGGAAGUGUGAUGGAGAGGACGACUGUGGAGACGCAUCAGAUGAACCUAAAGAGGAGUGUGAUGAGAGGACCUGUGAGCCGUAUCAGUUCCGCUGUAAGAAUAAUCGAUGUGUUCCUGGACGCUGGCAGUGUGAUUAUGAUAAUGACUGUGGAGAUAAUUCUGAUGAGGAUAAGUGUGUGCCGAGGCAGUGCUCUGAGAGCGAGUUUUCUUGCACCAACGGACGCUGCAUCGCUGGACGCUGGAAAUGUGAUGGAGAUCACGACUGUGCUGACGGUUCAGACGAGUACGGAUGUGAUGUGAAGUGUGACAGCGAUCAGUUUCAGUGUAAGAAUGGACACUGUAUCCCGUUCCGCUGGAGGUGUGAUGCAGAUCCGGACUGUAUGGACGGCAGUGACGAGGAGAACUGCGGCAGUGGAGUGGGACGUCACUGCUCUCUGAAUGAGUUUCAGUGCAAUAACACACUCUGUAAGCCGCUCAGCUGGAAGUGUGAUGGAGAAGACGACUGUGGGGACAACUCUGAUGAAAACAUGGAGGAGUGCAAGCGGUUCCUCUGUCCUCCGACUCGGCAGUUCCGCUGCAGGAACGGUCGCGUGUGUCUGCCGCUCUACAAACACUGCGAUGGAGUGAAUAACUGCGGAGACCACAGUGACGAGCUCAACUGCCAGACUCCAGCUGCAGUGUGUGAGAAAGACGAGUUCACCUGCAGUAAUGGGAAGUGUAUCAGCUCCACACUGCGCUGUAAUUAUUUUAACGACUGUGAGGAUUAUGGCUCCGAUGAGAUUGGCUGCAACAAGAAAGACUCCAGUCUAAAUGAAUGCCAUCAGAACAGGAGUGUGUGUGGAGACGGUGAUGAAGCUCACUGUGUGGUAAACGGCACAGACUCCUUCUGUUCCUGCAAACCAGGCUUCAUGAAAACCACUCAGCAGAUCUGUAUAGAUGUAAACGAGUGUAAGCAGUUUGGUGUGUGUUCUCAGCUCUGUAAUAACACUAAAGGCUCAUAUAAAUGCAGCUGUUUCAGACACUUCACUCGCGUCAACAGCAGCUGCAAAGCCGACGCUGGAGAAAGACAGAUCCUGUAUGUUGGUGAUGAUAAUGAGAUCCGCAGUCUGCAGCCUGAGACGGUGAGCUGGAUUUAUGAGCAGGCGUUUCAGGGAGACGCAAACGUCCGCAUCGACGCCAUGGACAUGCACGUCAAAUCCAACCGCAUCUUCUGGACCAACUGGCACACAGGGAAGAUUUCAGUGUUCAGGAUCUCCUCCAGCGGCACAAGCUCACCCAACUCCAACCGCAGCCGCAGGCAGAGCGACCAGAGGGUCACCAACCUGGAGAUUCCGAAUCUGAAGAUGCCACGUGGAAUCGCAGUUGACUGGGUGGCUGGAAAUCUGUAUUGGACUGUCGGUCGUGAUGUCAUCGAGGUCGCCCAGAUGAACGGACUUCACCGGAAAACUCUUAUCUCAGCGAUGAUUGACGAGCCGUACGCCAUCGUGGUGGAUCCCAUGAGGGGGACAAUGUACUGGGCUGAUUGGGGAAAUCAUCCUAAAAUUGAAAAAGCAGCGAUGGAUGGAACGAUGAGAGAAACACUGAUUCAUGAAAACAUUCAGUGGCCGAUAGGUCUGGCAGUUGAUUACUAUAACGAGCGUCUGUUUUGGGCCGACGCCAAACUCUCAGAGAUCAGCAGCGUGAGACUGAACGGCUCAGACCGAGUCCUCGCCAUCACCGGCUUCAAAAACAACCUGCACCACCCGUUCAGCAUUGACGUGUUUGAGGACUACAUCUAUGGCAUCACCUACCACGACAGCUUUGUGUUCCGUGUGAAUAAGUUCGGGAAGGGUUCAGUGGAGAACCUCACCACGGGCAUGAACCACGCCACCGACCUGGUGCUCUACCACACCUACAAACAACCUGAGAUGAUGAACCCAUGUGACAGGAAGAAGUGUGAGUGGUUAUGUUUGCUGAGUCCCAGUGGUCCGGUGUGUACCUGCCCUAACGGUCACGCGCUAGACAAUGGCACGUGUGUGGAGAUUCCCUCACCAACUACUGUGUCUCCAGGAGGAGUGUGUAGUCUGCAGUGUGAGAAUGGAGGAAGUUGUGUGUUGAAUGCGAGAAAGCAGCAGAAAUGUCGCUGUCAGCCGACCUACGGAGGAGCGAAGUGUGAGAUUAACCAGUGUCGGGAUUUCUGUCAGAACGGAGGAACCUGCACCGCCUCACCCACAGGUUCUCCAACGUGUCGCUGUCGUCCAGGUUUCACGGGUCCAAACUGUAACCUGCCCACCUGCCGCAACUACUGCCAGAACGCAGGAAACUGCACCGUCAACAGAGGAAACCAACCCAUCUGCAGAUGCCCCACUCACUUCCUGGGUGACCAGUGCCAAUACAGAGUGUGUGAUGAGACGUGUGAGAAUGGAGGGACGUGUGUUCAGGAAGGAGACGGAGACAUUCAGUGUCUCUGUUCUUCUAAAUUCACCGGCAAACGGUGUGCAGUGGACAAAUGUCACUACUGUAACGGAGGCAGCUGCACCAACACUGCUCACGGAGACGUCAUGUGCCGCUGUCCCAAUGGUCUGAUUCAGCCGAGCUGCUACACGUGUGAGGGAUACUGCGCUAAUGGACAGUGCUCCCUCAGUGCUGCUAACCUGCCUCAGUGCAAGUGUCCACCUGGGUGGGAGGGGCUUCAGUGUGAGAACUACAACCCCAACGUUAACAGGGAGUCCAGUAACCACACAGCAUCUAUCGUGAUUCCUGUGAUUAUUCUGAUAUUAUUGGCGUUGCUGCUGACUGCUGGUUUCCUGUGGUACAGAAAGAGGAUGAGAGGGUCUGGCAAAUUCACCUCGAGCUGGUUGCGCGCUAAAGGGUUCCAGCACCAGAGGAUGACUAACGGAGCCAUGAACGUGGAAAUCGGAAACCCAGCGUAUAAAAUCUACGAUGGAGAACAAGAUGACGACGUAGGAGAACUUCUGGAUUCUGAUUUCACACUUGAUCCAGACAAGACUUUUCCCAAAAGUCCUCCAGUUAAAGAUUCCACACGGGACACGGAAGCGCCGACUAACUUCACGAACCCGGUGUACUCCUCACUGUACAUGGGCGCCCAAACCAGCCACAGCUCUCUGGCGAGUACGGAUGAAAAGAAGGAGCUGCUAUCACGAGGAGACGAGGAACCGCUAGUGGGAGCAUUAGCAUAAACUCGUCUUCCAUGUCGUCGACCAUGAUGAUGAUGAUGAUGAUGAUGAUUUUAAUGAUUUUAUGGUCCAUAUCUUUAAAAACAGCACGCACCAGGUUUUACCUUUUUACGCAAAGAAACAAAGAAAGAAAGAAAGAAAGAAAGAAAGAACACACACACACACACACACACACACACACACACACACAGCAGGAGGAGGAUCAGCGGUUCGCUGCGUGAUUGUCGUGUACAAACCUGUACAAUAUGAAGGACAACUUUUGUACGUGACACAGUUCUAUUUUAUUCUUCUCUUCUUCAUCACGAUUCUUCAGAUCAGAACAAGCGGAAAGAGAAAAGCAACAGUUUUAUACACGUUUUUUCUCGUCUCCACCUUUUACCUUAAUAGCCACUACCUCUGUGCGGAAAAGAAAAAGAUUUCAAAUAAUAAAGAGACGCAGUCUGGAAAAUUGGAACAGUUUUGAUUUUAUUUUUGUAUUAAAUUGUAUAGAGAAAGAAUAUUGUUCCGUCUCAGUAUUGCCGUUGAGUUCGUGAGUGUGUGCGUGUGUGUGUUUGCACGUGUGUGUGCACGUGUGUGUGUGUGUGUUAGAGAGAAACAUCAAUCUCAUCCUUCCUGUCUCUUUAUUUGACUCAAACGUUCUGAAUUGUGAGAAAUGUCGAUACUUUCAUGGUACAUACGUCUUAGAAACGUUGUUUUGAUUUGGUGUUGAAGCUUCAUGCAUAAAUCCUCAGUACUGAUCCUGGGAGGUGCAUCGUGACACGUCUGUAUAGAUUUAUCACAUCGUCAGUAAUCGUUCUGUUAAUCCUGCCUUUCUUUUCUCUCUCUCUUUUUGUUUUCUGUUCGAGAUUCCAGAAAUUUUUCAGUAUUUAAAAUUGUUGAAAAUCCAGAACAUAAUCACCUUCAGGCAUCAACUAACUGUACUUCACUGUAUUGAUUUUAUUGUUCAUGUCGUAUUUUUACAAUAAAAAUGACAGCUUUUAUAGUCCAGAGUGCAUGAAGGCCGACAGAAACCUGGCUCUGAAAUCAGAAGUCGUGUAUUUGCUGGAGUCUUUACACACUAAAUAACAUUUGUUAUAAAAAUAAAACAUCUUACAUCUG